AUUCCGUCGCUACCUGCACAGCAAAGGACAAAGUCCAUCCACUCUGUCCACGAACUGUGACCGGUGCACAGUCACCAACUGCAGCGAUAAACACCGUGACCAGCUCACACCGACAAUAUUGUCAUCAUAAUCAUAUCAGAAUUGUGACCUCAACAAGCCUCAGCACUGUCCUCCAGCUGUUUAAAGUGCACACUUGCCAACAGGUUGCCGUCCGUCCUUCGUCUCGUGAAAAUCAAUAUCGAUUACCAAAUGAGAAUAAAGAAGUAAAGGCAGACGUCAUUUCUUCAGAACGAGAGCCUUUCAGCGCAUCCAGCGUGUAACACCUGCACAAACCAAGACCGUCCUCCUGCCACAUUAUAAGCGUCGGGAGAUUGGACAGCCAGGGAUUUCUCUUUCAUCACUCCGCAGACAGUUAAAUGGAGGAGCACAAGAAUGUCACUGACAUUAAAACCCAUAAAGCACCGAAGCACAAACAAGAGGAAGCGUUAAAAGAGUUCAAGGAAGCAAUUGCUGACCUUCGCAAGCCUCAGCAUGACGACUAUGAACUUCUCAAAUGGCUGAAGGCUCGGCAGUACGAUGUCGUGAAGGCGGAGGAAAUGUACAGAACGAGCAUGGCAUACCGACAGAAGCUUGGGGUGGACAAACUGUUGGAGGAAUACGAGCCGCCCGAGGUGUUAAAAAUGUACCUGGCAGGUGGUUUUUCUGGCUACGAUAAAGAGGGCUCUCCGGUAAAGGUUGAACUCUUUGGCCGACUUGACAUAAAGGGAAUCGUCUAUUCUGCCAAAAAGGUGGACCUAGAAAAAACCAAACUUUUGCAGUGUGAAAAAACUGUCAUGGACUGGAAGCAGCAAAGUGAAAAGUCGGGAGAUCGUGUAGAUGGCCUAACCGUCAUAUUCGACAUGGAGGGAGUGACCAGCAGAGUGCUAUGGAGGCCAGGACUUCAGAUGUACCUCCACCUCGUCAAGGUACUGGAAGAUAACUAUCCAGAGAUGAUGAAACGAAUGUUUGUUGUGAACGCUCCUCGAAUAUUCCCCCUGUUGUACAAGCUGUGUCGCCCACUGAUAAGCGAGGACACGAGAAACAAAAUCCACGUCCUAGGAAGCAAUUUCAAGGACACUUUACUAAAGUAUAUUGAUGCCGAAGAACUUCCCAUGUUUCUUGGUGGUCUGAAGACGGAUCCAGAUGGAAACCCCCGAUGUGUUACCAUGAUAUGUCAAGGGGGUGAAGUGCCUAAGGAGUACUACCUUCUGGAUAACAAAGAUGAUGAUCACAUGAAGACAGCUUCUAUAUCCAGGGGAGGAAAGCUGUGCCUCUCAUACCAAGUGGACGUUGCUGGCAGUGUGUUGAGGUGGGAAUUCAAAACAGAGGACUUCGAUAUAGACUUUGGAGUGUUUAUGGUGCAGGGUGAGAAUAGUGUACCUGUGGUCCCACUCCAGCGUGUCAACAGUCACAUCGUACCUGAAGAUGGCACCCUUAUUUGUGAGGAAACUGGAACUUAUGAUGUGGUAUUUAGCAACAGCUUCAGCUGGGCCCGUGGUAAAGAUAUACGCUAUGUGGUUGAGCUGAUAACACCAGCAGAGGAGGGUACACAAAAUGAGAUUCAAGCUCUUCUUGACCAGGCCACAGCAACAUGGGACUCACUGGUCACCAACAAGUGACACCAUCACCACAGUGAUGAUUCGUUUUGUUUACAAUAAUUCGGACUCAUUUGUUCUUUGCAUUCGAAUCUUGUUUUCAAUGGCAUUGAAUGAAACAUAGAGAACCUGUUUCCCUGUGAACAGCUCACUCACACAUCUAAAAAAAGAACAUUAUUUGCGUGCCAUCUUGUGGGCAUAAAAUUACAAGUCUAUGCCACAUAUCAGAUGAUAGUAAUUUUGCACCAGCUCUUUCUCUGGCCCCAGCAUAUGGAAUUCUGUCCCUUUUCUCUUCAAACUAUGUCUACUUUUGAACUUUUUUGUCUGGCCUCAAAAGUCACCUUUUCAAGAAAUACUUUCAUAAUCCACCUUCUGUUUGCUCCUCAGUAUCAAAUCUUCAUCCAUGCACCUCAUUCAUGCAUUCUAUAGUGUCAUCCAUGUACUUUUGCUUUGUUUCUUUGUUGUAUCAUUAGCUUUUGAUCCAGUCAUUGUCUUUUGCGUACAAUACUUUGAACUUGGUUCUGCAAGGGGUCUAAAACUUCAUUAUUGUUAUUGUUAUCAUCAUCAAAUAAUUGGAGUGUAUCUUACUGUAGUCACAAAAUAUAAUAAAACUAAUCUCACAGAUUCAGAUUUUAAUUUUCAUCACAGAACACUUGCUUUUGUCUAACUAGUUUGAUUUAAAGACAUUUUGUCACUUAUAUAAUUUUGGGAUUAUAUGAAGUACAUCACCAUCCAUCAUCUGCCUACAUUGUAGGCUUGGUGCACUUUCCUACAUCAUUACUUGUAGUGCUAAUUAGAGUGUCUAGAAAACCACCACAAUCGCUUUCCCUAUUGUAAAAGGUGGCGUGAACAAUCAAGUUCUGUUCAUGAGUUUACAUAUCUCUUAUGCCAUUGCCCUGACAAUAACACAUGAACUCAUAAGUGUAAUGUUAUUACUUUUGUUAGAUUGUCAAAUUUAUAAAAAGUGUUGAUUUGGGGAGGGAAAGUGCUUUCACCUAUUAGGUGAUUUUGCACUGUGGGGGAUGGGGAUCUUGGGAAUGUGGGUAUGGGGAAGAAAGGUGGGCAAAAAGGAGGGAGGUAUUGGGAAAGGGUUGCUGUUUUAUGGCGCCACAGGUGUCUGCUCUUAUUUGUACCCUAUUUUCCUGUUGUUUUCACUAGCUCUUGGUGUCUAGGAGGCCUGCUAAGUCUGCAUUGUGCUGGUGCCCUCUUUUUCUGCCGUUGAAACUUGCUUUUGAUGCAUAGGCCUGCCAAGUCUGCCAUGGUGGUGUACCGUAUUGGUUGAUGGAUCCCACAUGUUGCUUUAUUCUAGGUAUUUAUUUAGCUUUUGGGUUUUUUUUUAAGUUGCUACUUUUAAACUUGGGUUUUAGAAUGAUUGACACUUCUUUCCUGUGGGUAUUUAGUUUUUAAAAUUCCUUAUUAGGAUUUUUAUUUGAGUCUUGAAUUAGAUGGCUAGUCACCAAUGUUACCACUAAUGAUAGCAUAUUAUGCCAUAGCUCUUUUGAUGGGUUAAAGAGGCAGCUGUUUAUGUUUAGUACCAGUCUAUACUUAUCUAAGACCUGUUUCAAUUCUUGGUCCAAAGGGUUAAGGGGCAUUCCUUGUAAUCUGCUGUACUUGUCCUUGCAGCAGAUCUCUCACAUUCAUCUAACAGCAUCUAUUUUGAGACAUAUGCAAUAUCGACAGCUAGAUUUUAAAUUGUUUGAAGAUAUAUUAUUAAAUGUAUCCAAAAGAUUGUGCUGUAAAAUUUUGCAUUUAUUGUUAGCACAAUGUUCUUUUAUCCCAUGUCAUACCUUACCUGGCAUUAAUCUCUAAACUAUAUCUCUUACGAUAUGCAUUUUUUGUAUGUAUCAAUCAUACUAUAAAUUUUAAAACAUCUUUGCCAGAAAUCUGAAUAAAAUGUGAUGCACUUUUA